UGUAUACUUGCCUUUCCAGUACACUUGCAUUACGGUAGCGAAGCGGGCUGGUGGCUGUGAAUAAUAUGCAUUUAGGACCAAUUUCAUUCACUACGUUACCCAGUCCUUCAAAUAGUAUUGUAACUGAUGUUUAUAUUCUUCCAUACGGAUUCGUUUUGGAAGGUUUCAAACUCGCUUUUCUUCAAGCCACUGUAACUGAGUCAAGCAUUGAAUCGCAGCAGGGGAGAAGAGCUGUCAAUAUAUUUUAAUCCGUCUGGCUAGCUGGUGAUGCGUAAAGUCACUAUACCCUCGUCCAGAGCAGGGGCAUCCCCAGCUCCAGACUACUGGAUAGAUGGAUCGAAGAAGGAGACCCUGGCUGACUACUAUGAGUUGGAGUCCGAAUUGGGACGGGGAGCGACGUCGGUGGUGUGCAGAUGUCGACAGAAGGGAACACUGAAGCCGUACGCAGUGAAAACACUGAAGAAAACAGUGGAUAAGAAGAUAGUUAGGACAGAGAUAGGUGUUCUACUUCGACUCUCUCACCCAAACAUUAUCAAACUAAAAGAGAUCUUUGAGACCCCUUCAGAGAUCAGUCUGGUCUUGGAGCUUGUGACUGGAGGAGAGCUAUUUGAAAGGGUUGUGGAGAAGGGCUUUUACACUGAGCGGGAUGCUGCUGAUGCUGUCAUUCAAGUAUUAGAAGCUGUUGCAUACCUGCAUGAGAACGGCGUGGUGCACCGAGACCUGAAACCUGAGAACCUCCUAUACGCUACCGCAGCACCAGAUGCUCCCCUCAAAAUAGCUGAUUUUGGUCUGUCGAAGGUCAUUGAUGAUCAGGUCACAAUGAAGACUGUUUGUGGUACACCAGGAUACUGUGCCCCAGAGAUUCUGCGAGGAAGUGCUUAUGGACCUGAGGUUGACGUGUGGUCGGUGGGAGUUAUCACAUAUAUCUUGCUAUGUGGCUUUGAACCGUUCUUCGAUGAAAGAGGGGACCAGUACAUGUUCAAGAGGAUCCUCAACUGUGAAUAUGAGUUUGUCUCCCCCUGGUGGGACAAUGUGUCCUUCAACGCCAAAGACCUGGUGAGAAAGCUAAUUGUCCAGGAUCCAAAUAAACGGCUGACGACCUUGCAAGCGCUGGAGCACCCCUGGGUGACUGGGAAGGCAGUUAACUCAGCCCAUAUGGACACCGCUCAGAAGAAACUGCAGGAGUUCAAUGCACGCCGAAAACUCAAGGCUGCAGUAAAGGCCGUGGUGGCUUCGUCACGAUUGGGCAGCGCUGGCAGUCACGGCAAUGCUGACAACAGCAAGAACAGCAACUGCAACAACCCCGCCAAUCAGAAAGAGGCACAAGAGGAGCAGCCACGGAACGACCAAUCACAGUCAAAGAUCCAGGAAGGAUCCUAACUGUGGAGCUCCUCUGUCGUUGUGACCCUGUUGGACUGUGAAAUUGCUGAGAGGAGCUAUGUGGUUUCACCUUCUGUACUGGAGAUACUCUGCCUGGCUUUAUUGCAUGUGACUGAUUUAUUAAACGAUGUA